UCAAGACACGAUGCAACUGGCCGACGAAAUUUUGCAGAGGAUUAGCAAGGAAGUUAACCAAGCUGUCUCGGAGGCUUUCUCCUUCUUCCAAUCUGAAUUGGAUCGACUACAGGGUGAGAACAAUGAACUUCGGCAGAGGAUGGCAGCAAUUGAGAAGGAGACGGAAUUGAAAAUCGACGACCUUCAACAAUAUGGUCGCCGUACCUGCCUGCGAUUCUUUGGAAUUCCUGAAACCAAGGGGGAGUCCACCGACCAAAUUGUUCAGCGAGUCUGCAAGGAAAAGCUGAAUGUGGAGUUGAAGAUCGACAACAUUCAUCGUACGCAUCGAGUGGGACCAAUCCAGUAGCCAGGUCAGGACACGGGCAGAGCAGCCGGCAAGGAGCGUGUUCGCAGCCAAGCGAAUGGUCAAGAACUCAGGGAUCACCGUAAGAGAGGAUCUGACGAAGCACCGGCUUGAACACUUGAAAGCAGCGGCGAACAAAUUUGGGCUCAAGAG